AUAUGGCUGCCGCGUAGUUGACGAAAAACUGCCAAAGUUUGUUAGCAAAUUUUUAUUUAAUGCUUUAGUUUUAAGAUGUCUUUUUCUGAUUUAUAUGCGAAAUAUAAUUGUACCUAUUGCCAAGAAGAAAUAAACGGUGUACGAGUAAGAUGUGCAGAGUGUAAAGACUUUGAUAUUUGUUUGCAGUGUUUUUCACUUGGUGCUGAAAUCGGCCCACAUAAAAAUGAUCAUUCCUAUCAAUUUAUGGACGCUGGCGCAUUUGGUAUAUUCUUGGGACGCAAUAAUUGGUCAGCCAACGAAGAAGUAAGAUUACUAGAUGCAAUAGAACAAUUUGGGUUUGGGAAUUGGGAGGAUAUAGCUAAGCAUAUAGAAACACGGACACCAGAAGAAGCCAAAGAUGAAUAUAUAGCAAGGUACCUGGAAGGUAGCAUAGGUCGAGCAACAUGGGGAAAUGUGGAAAGCACCAGUCGACCUUCCUUGCACUGUCCAGAUAAAGACCAAGGGCCCCUCAGUCCUAGUGCUGUUUCACGCCUUCCACCUUUAUCAAUUUCUGCCGAUGAAGCAGCUCAACUUGGAUAUAUGUCAAAUAGGGAUGACUUUGAAAGAGAGCAUGAUCAUGAAGCAGAACAGUUAAUAUCAACAUUGUCACUCAAUCCAGAAGAUGAUGAGCUUGAUGUUGCCCUCAAGUUAUCCCAAGUGGAUAUAUACACCCGGAGGCUUCGUGAGAGAACAAGAAGAAAAAGGCUUGUAAGGGAUUUUCAACUCGUUUCUGUUUUCUUUAAUAACCAACGCAACAAACAAAAGACAUUGGGAAAACUCGCCAAAGAGAAGAAGGAGUUCACGGAGCGGCUCCGCUGGACGGCGCAGUUCUACGGGCGCGCGGAGCACACGGCGGUGGUGGCGGGGCUGUGGCGCGAGCGCGAGCUGCGCGUGCGGCUGGCGGAGCUGCACCGCUACCGGCUGGCGGGCGUCACGCGGCUGGAGGAGUGCGCGCACUACGAGCAGCACGCGCACCACCGCCGGCACACCGGCCACGCCGACGUGAGAAUGCGACUGGGCAGCAGUGGGUGUCUGGACACACAGACAAAAGAGCAAACGCAGACCGCGCAGCAGCAAAGAAAAAAAGACGUCGAAAGCGUCUCAAGUUCCACCAGCCCAAGGUGCACACGGGACGGAAGUACCGCAUGUGGCUGCUCCAGAAGGAGCUGCUGCAGCGCCGCCGCGCCGCACCAGAGACAGCUGCUCAACACUAACGAGGCUCAGUUAUGCAAUACGCUCAGUCUAGCCCCAGCUCAAUAUAUCACACUCAAGGGCAUGCUCCUGCGCCGACCGGCAACGCCGCACUGCGAACUGGACCACGCGCUAAAGCAUUACCUCCACGCCGCUGGUUGGAUACGAAAUUAACAUCAACAUAAGGAUGAAAAAUCACCGUGAAAAAUUUGGACAUGUGAAAAAUGACAGGGAAUCCCUGUUAUAUUUUGGUACAAGUGAAAAAUAACAGAUGACUGUCUUUGCACUAUAAAUCAACUCAUUUCUGUGUGAUUUGAAAGUGAUAUGAAUAUCGCAUGUAUAAAUCAAUUGUGAAAUAUCUAUAUGUCUAUCUAUAAACGAACAUUGUGUGUAGUAUGUGAAACAUUACUGAGUGAGUGAAAGUUUAAUCUAUCGUGAAACCCGUGCGUGGAAACUAUGGGUUUUAGAAAUCAUUUUACCUUGAAAUCGCAUUGUAAAAAUAUUGGACUUGAUGAAAAAUUAAUUUGUAUGGAUCAGAUACAAUCAGUAAUCUGUCAAUUACUUUAUUUUAUAAUUGUUUGAUGCCCUAAAAACGAGGUAAAUGUAUGUAUAUGUAUUUGAAAACUAAACAGUGCCUAUACACCAUAGAUUGGCACUUAACUUAAAGUGCGUUGCAUACGCGAACGUAAACGUGCAUUACUAAACCAUAGCUCAUCAUUUUUGCUUGUAAGCUGUUAGUGCCAUCUUUGGCUAAGAUAUAGAUGCCCUUGGUGUAUAUUACUUUCACUAGAAUUUCAUGACUUAUAUUAAUUACAUUAGGUCAACUCUAAUAUUUAUUUAAAAUGGCUUGUUAAUCUUGAAUAAAACUUCUGGGUCAUUAGAAAAAAGACGCAUGCAUAAUAUAAUUUCAGUUUAAAUGAAUCAAUAUAAAUAAUAAUUAAAUAUUUGUUUGUUCCUAUAUAACAGGAAAUUUUAGCACAUAUUUAUUUUCGAUUUUUCAUCGAUUAUGUAGGCACUAUUUGUAAAUAUAGUAAUAUGGUUUCAUAAUAUUUUAAAUCUCAUGCAGAGAAGUAAGAAAUUUACUUGAAUAUUAUUUUGAUUAUAGACAAUUGAUUUUGAUUCUAGCAACAACAACAUUGCAACAACUCUUCAAAGCUCUUUCUUUUACAGGCACUAUUUUAAUAUAUGUGUAAAAUUAAUUUUAUUAGCUAUGGUUACGUCUACUUGGUGGUCUACUUGGCCAAAAACAUAGAAACUCAGUAUUUAAAUUACUAAUAAGUAGUGAAUGUAUAAAAUUGAUAUUUUUAAUUGUCUAGGCUGUUAUAUAAGUAUUUAGAUACCUCAUUUCACAAGAAGAAUCAUAGAAUUCUCAACUAAUUUGUAUUAGUUAAUUAAAUAUUGUACAUAUAAAGUAUAUUGUAAUUUUCAUGUCUUUUUGUUUGUAUGUUAUCUAUUUAUAGAAUAUUAAGUUAAAAUACCUUAUCAUUGUAUGAGAUAUAUCUCUUGGGUUUAAAUGUUGAAAGUUGUGUAGUACAUAAAAAGACAUUACCUAAAUAUUUAAAUAGAGUUAAACGGUUGAUUCAAUAUGAUUAUGUAAAAUUAAAAAAAAAACAUUUAAUAGGAUGCAUGUUGGCUCAUAUAUUAUAAUAUGUAUAAUAUUUUAGUUAUGUUGUGAUUAUCAUAUGAUUGGGUUUCAAUGAUCUCUUUAAGUGUCACUAUUGCCGUUUUUUGUAUUUAUAGUUUCAAGUUAUAUUAUGCUAAGCUUAAGCAAGAGAGUCCCGGGAUUUCAUUCUGCGCACCCCAUUCCUGUAGUGUUUGCAAGAUAAAAAACUAUGUCCUUUUGGUACAUUAGUUCCCGAGAUUAGCGCGUUCAAACAAACGAACUUUUCAACAUAAUAUAUUAGUUUAAAUAUGCGCUUUUAUAUAAAGCAGUGUAAUGCAAUAGUGAGUUAAUAUUAACAAGAAAAAUUUAGGCCUAUUGUCCACUGAUGCGUCACAUGACUAAUGCAUGCAACCUACAAAUGGCGAUAUGCGUUUUUUACAUAUUUAUUAUGUCCAAGAUCACGUAUCACGCUACAAAAACUUAUUUUUUCUCUUUCGAGAGUUGGUCGAGUUGUAGUAGCGUGCAGCUGGGUGACACAGUUAUGAUUAUUCCUAUUAUUAAGCAAGAUGCAACUAUUCAUUUUGCAAUCGUCAAUUGAGGGAGUGUGCGCAUGAUGAGCCUAUUACGUGGACAAUAGGCCAUAAACUGCCAUCUCUAUUCAAUGAUGUAUAUUGGAAAGCGAGAGAGAAAUAUCCUUUGAACAUUUCUGGAUGUCUUAUAAAGUGUCACAAAUGUAAAAAUAAAUAAGGUGUAGUUUAAUUAGCUAUCCACUACAGACGUGUCUAAACAGUAGGGAUUUCUAUGUUAUGGGUACUUAAUACAAUGGCUACUUUUAACAUGUAAUUUAUAACUUUGGCAAAAAAAUUGUUUUGGGUAAAAACAAAGAUAUACAUAAUACAAAUAUUCGAAUGUUCUAAAAUUAAUUUGAUAUCGUUAGUAUUCGUAGGUAUAAUAGAAUGAAUGAUGACAUUUAAAUCGAUUUACAGCCUUAUCCUGUACAUAUGUUUAAAGUACAAUAUAUUAAAAUGUCAUUUUUAGGUUAUAAUAAAUAUAAUGAGUAU